AUGAAAAAGAUGAAAAAUUUUAAUGAAAAAGAUGACAAAUUUAAACUUUCAUCUUUUACUUGGAAUGAUAAUGAUAUAUUUGGUUGUGGAUUAGUUUAUCCUCCAACUAAUAAAUUAGAUGAAGAAUUUCCUUAUGUUUUCUUUACACAAAGUGGAAAACAAAUUGGAAAAGCUAUGUUAGUUAAGGAGAAUUUUGAUUCGUACAACCCUCAUGUUUUGCUAAAAUAUUGUUCAGUUGAAGCAAAUUUUGGAAAUAAUUUGGAAACUAAGCCAUUUAAUUAUGAUAUUUCAAAACAUUUAAUUCUUAAAGAAUUUUAUUAA